AUGUACUACAGAAAGCUGGUCGGAAAGCUCAAUUUCCUCACCAACACAAGAUUGGAUAUAGCAUACAGUGUCCAACACCUGAGCCAGUUUAUGCAAGCCCUAAGGGAGCCACAUCUGAAGGAUGCUUUGCAUGUCCUAAGGAAGUCGGUUAGUGGCUACAUUGUCUUACUUGGUGAUAGCCCCAUUAGCUGGAAGUCCAAGAAGCAGAGCACAGUGUCACUUUCCUCUGCUGAAGCAGAGUACAGGUCAAUAAGGAAAGUGUUAGCUGAUAUUUUAACCAAGGCUCUUGCAGGGAUUAAACAUUCUGUUAUUCUUGGCAAGUUGGCUGUGAGCUCCUCACCUCCAACUUGA